CGAUAUUAUUUAUCAUCACUUUCAGGAUGCGAGACAUGAACCAAAUCGACCCAAUGAUGUUUCAGCCGUUUGGAGCGGGACCACGUAACUGUAUUGGAACACGAUUUGCUUUGAUGGAAAUCAAGAUGUCCUUAGCAAAACUCCUAUACUCUUUCACUUUCAAGCCUGCUGAAAACACACCGAAUCCUCCUCUGAAGUUUACAUAUGCUCUAGUUGUACGACCUGUAGUUGAUUUCGACCUUGUUGCCGUACCUCGUAAUUCUGUUGCGACCUAAUAAAAGACUAUUUAGAAUCCGGCAAUGGCUUCACCUAACAUGAUCGAUUAUAUUUGUUUUUCGUAAA